GUGUCAGAAUCAACGAAGGUCUGGUCAAUUUUGUAGGGGGUAGUUCCGUUGUGAAGGAUGUUUAGUAGCUAACCCAUGUGACGUAAAGGUUGAGGCAUUUAAUAAUAGCAUGAUUCGUCGUCAAUCGGGAGUGAAAAGAUGACAUUUCUGCGUAGCCUUGGAGAGAUUGCAUUAACGACUGCUGAAUGAAUCAAACAGCGAUCUGACAUUUCGUCUAAACUACAGUCACCUUUGACAAGCAAUCUUCAUUGUUGUGUGUUUUAACUGGGAACAGGAACCUAUCGCUCGUAAUUAUUAAAUGGACACCAGUGUGACAUUAAAAACCAGUACGACAAAGAAAAUCUGUAUGGCAAUUUUCUAGAAACGCCAUACACAGACAACCUCUGAUUUUUUAUUUACUCUCCAUCUACAUGAUGCUUUUUCUAAUGGAAUCCAGGCAGCUUUCGAACUAAAUCAUUAAGCAUUGAUGUAAAUUGAUCAGGAAAUUUUCUUGUGUAAAGGACAGGAAGCCGGGGUUAGUCCGACAGAGACUCUAUGAAUAAAGUAUGAACACUCUCACAUUCGACCGAGUAGUUUUUACUAAAAGCCAUUAGCAAGAGCAAUAUAUAUAUAUGAAUAAGGUCAGGACUAACAUAUUAACAGACUAAUAGAAAAUAGUACAAAGCAAAACUGACUAUAACGACGCGACAUGCUCUUCGUUGUCUUUGUCCAAGUCUACGCAUUGAAGUUGACACUGAAGUAUACACAAUAUUACUAAGAGCUAGCGUAUCUGUCAAUAUAACAUUUCAUUUUCAAAAACUAAUUGAAAAUGAGUCAACUUACGAGCACUAGUGCAAUAUCAACAGAGUUUGCAAUCAUGGAUGGUUACAUCUUUGAAACAAACAUGACGAAUGCUACUACUGAUGAGCCCCUCCACGAAAGGGACAGUCCUGAAGGGAUAACCGAAGCAGCUACCCUCAUCGUCAUCAUGAUCGCUUCGUUCUUCGCAAACAUCUUGGCGAUGACGCAGAUCCUGACGUCGAAGAAGCUCAGGAAGAUCCACCACAAUCUCCUGAUCGUCAAUCUCAACGUGAUCGACCUAGGAAUCACUGUUUUCAGCAUGACAUUCUCCGUUGCCGCCAUCUUUGAUGAUGGAUAUCUCUUGAAGAAAAACCCGAUCGUCUGCACGAUCAAUGGAUUCUGCGCCAUCACCUGUAGCGUCGGUAAUUUCACCAAUGUCAUGUGCAUCGCCGUUGAUCGAUACAUCUCCAUCGUCUGGUCGACACGUUUCCCGGCAUCGCGACGUCGAGUGUACUUCAUGAUCGCUUUCGUCUGGGUGGUCAGUAUCACCAUCACGCUGCCACCAACGGUCGGGUUUAUCUCAUAUUUUGUGUACACCGACAAAACCCACCACUGCUCUCCCAGUUGGCAAGAUUAUAGCUAUUACAUAAUAUGGUUCACGGUUAUUUUUGGUGUGACAGUACCGGUGAUGAUCAUCAGCUAUGCAUGUAUCAUUUAUCACAUCCGACAAAGCGAUCGGCAACUCCGCGUUUACGACGGUAUGAAAACAAGCGCGAACAUAUCAAAGCAGUUGUCAGGGUCUAAGGGCAGUGGUAGUCUGCAGAGCUCACAAAACCUUGGGUCGAAUACGUGUCGUGAUUCGCAUCGCUGUCGCUUACCACAUCCGGCUGUCAACGCCCAACCCGCUCACCUCGGGAAACACAACAGUGAUGGUGCCUCUGAAGCAAGUCUGAACCGAGGAUUUCAAGGUGAUGGUCUCGAUCUUCAUAAGAUCGUAAUGGACGAGAAUGAAGCCGGAAUAACCGAUCUUCAUAAGAUCGUUAUAGACGAGAAUGAAGCCGGAAUAACCGAUCUUCAUGAGAUCGUACUAGAUGAGAAUGAAGCCGGAAGAAUGGCGCCAAGACUCUUUGUGAUAUCUGGACGGAGAUGUAGCCUAUCUACAACACAGUCCUUGCCGAUCUUUGGUCCGUCCAAAAAGGAGAGCGACUCGAAAACGCAGGACGCCAGUCAAAGCAACAGUCAGAGGGAGACUUGUUCAACGCAUUCCAGAUCGAGAGCAGUUUCCUGUCCUGUAGAGAAUGGAGAGCAUGCGAGGGGACACAAGGACUCGGACCAUCGUGUCCAUCUUGACAAUGCACUGAAUAAGCUGUCGGCAAGGAAACUGAGCGUGGACAAACGGGUGGCUGUCACUGGAGCCAUGUUGAUCCUCACCACAAUAUUCUGUUGGGCGCCAUACUGCAUUGUCCACUUCCCCAAUUUUCCAGAGGUCAGCCAUUCUGUAGCGGCGGCCACCAUGUGGAUCGCAUACGCGAAUUCCAUGAUGGAUCCCCUCGUCUAUGUGUUCAUGAACAGGAAAGAAAGCACCAUCCAACACCUGAGCAGCAUCCUGACAACCUUCUGCGAAGUACCAAGAAAGACGUGGGGACGCCUUUGCGGUAAAGGCACUGACUGGUGACCUGAUUCUGGUGUCGUCGUCGCCGUGUGGAUAGCGUACGUCAAGUCAGUGCUGGAUACCCUGGUCUAUGUCUGCAUGGAUAGGAACAAAAGCACCCUACAAAACUUUAGCAGUGUCCUGGCAGCAUUCUGUGAUUUACCAAGAAAGACGUGUUUUACAGACGUCUUUCAGUGGCGAAAGAACCGUAGACUGGUUGCCUUGAUCUUUCAUAAGACACUCCACAUCUAACUGGCCAAGAACUCUGUAUUGCCCAAGACUAGUUGCGUGUGUGAAACCGAUUAUAAUGUCUAAAGCAUCCACCCUAUACAUACCUCAAAUUCGAUUGCAUUUUUAACUAGGCCUUUUUAUCGAGAUAUUUACACGUACAUUUCCACAUUAGACCGAGUCGCGUUUAUCGCUCGUUAACCUUUUAGAAGAUCAGUGUCGUUUUGCUCAAGAAAACAGGUUAUGUUAUCUCGAAGAAGAACUUUCAUCCGUUCAUUUUCCAUAUAGUGUACAAUAUCGUCGAGUCAGUCCUUACAUGACAAAGACGAUGGAAUUGUACUUUAUAAUGCAUGAUAGCGUUUUAAUGCUCAACUCAAGGAAUAACCCUAGGCUCAGGACCCUAUCUACCUCCUAACCUCUCUGUAAAUAUACUUGAUGUAAGAAACAGUGACAAACCAGAAGUGUUCUCUAAUCAAGUAUCACAAAUGGUCAGACUAAUUAAAUCUUUGAAGAUACACACGGAAAUGUGACACGAAAAGGUGGACCUGAAUGCGUGCAAACGCAGGAGAGAUGUGUUAAUGGGAGACUGCAAAAUGGAGGUUUGAGAUAGGAAUUGAUCAAAACCACCAUUCGUGCAUGUUAUUUAUUUAUUUAUUUAUUUACGAGAUUUACACUUUUCAUUUGCCGUUUAUGUAUAUUCCAACGUGUGUUUAUAACUAUAUCAGAGUAUUAAUUUUCAAGAAAAUAAGCAUUGCGUUAUAUUCAUGCUUUGAUAUUUUAUACAUUUAUCAUAACCUUCUUUUAUUUCCGUAAGUAAUUAAAACGUCAAUGUUGCAUGUUUUAUGUAGGCCAGCUACAACUUUUGAUCAAAUAAAAGUCGUAUAGUUAUGAUGGCUUCUCAUUCUUGGAUUUCUAACUUAUGAUCCUUGUUUGAAUAGCAAGGCUUGGAAAUAAACAAACUUGUCUUUUGGUCAGUUGAAUGUAGUUACGCUGAAAUCACCAACCACCUUUGUAUUUUUUAACUUAAAAAAAAAAAAAAACAUAAAAAGAACUUGUACAUUUGGGGCUAUACAUAUAGUAUCCAUAGAAAACGGACAUACAAUGUAUGAUAGUACAUGUAGAUAAUAUACAUUUCACCUAUUAAUUUUUCGCCAAUUUUAUUUUCGAUGAUUUUGUAGUUUUAAGGGGUGUUGUAUGGCGAGUUUAGCAAAUAAAACGUCCGUGUAACAUUUAUUCAGCAAACGCAGGAUUCACGAUGAUGAGGAGGACGAUCUUUUUAUAGACGCGAGGCAGUAACAUGCGAGAACUUUGAUCAAGGAUGUGUCGCCAUUAAAUGUACAGUACUUGAAACGGUUCUCUUAAUAGCACUUAGCUAUCGCUUUUGUGAUAUUUUACUGUCUGGUUUCAAGACCCAGAAUAGUAACAUUUGGUUUAAUAUUUUACGCGUUCCAUAUUUUCUUUUCAGAUGACACCAAUUGGCAAUUAAUACUUCUGCACUUUAACGGCAUUACUCACAAUUAAAACAACAAUUGGAAAUCAAUUGGAUUUUAAUACUUCAACUCAGACUUUCUGACGUUUAGUAGCAUUACAUCUGUACAAAUUUAUGUUUUUUAUUCUCUCUAAGUGUCUAAAUUUGUACUGUUGAAAACUAUUAAGUCAUGUAAAGUGGUAUAAAUAGUAUUAGUUGAUGCCACAAGCGUUGUUAAUUUUCAUACAAUUUAAUAAAAAUGCCAUCACGCUUGAUAUCUUGAAGUGUCAUCCUAAUAAAUGCCAGUUUUAAAUAUUAAAAUAGAUUUAUAGAUGGAUUGUUAUUGGUGGAAUUGGAUAGAAACAGGUACGUUAGAUUGAAAACAGAAAAUAUAAUAUAAAGUACGUUAUAUGGAA